UCUAGUAGGUAGGAAUGUAUGCAUGUUAUUAUAUGUAUAUAUCCCUUUCUAACACGUCUCUUUCGUCCUCCCUUCGUUCUUCAUUUCAUUCCUCACUUAACAUUACCUUAUAAAUAUGAAAAACCCUUGUAUGGCGGCUGAGCAUAUCAACCCAAGGAAACAUCAUCUUCGCCGUUGCCAUCGAACCCCGAAAACUCACACCAUGUCACACAUCACAGUUGAAAGGAACAGAAGAAGGCAGAUGAAUGACCAUCUCAAGGUUUUACGUUCCUUAACACCUUGUUUCUAUAUCAAGAAGGGUGAUCAAGCAUCAAUCAUCGGUGGAGUAGUAGAGUUCAUAAAGGAGUUACACCAAGUUCUUCAAUCCUUAGAGUCACAAAAGAGGAGGAAAAGCCUAAGCCCUAGCCCCGGCCCGAGUCCGAAGCAACUACAACCUAGUCCGCGACAACUAGCAGCAAACGCCAACAUCAUCACAAAUCACUCCUUUAAAUUUGAUUGUGGCAAGGAGCUAGUAGCAUCAUGCAAUUCUCCGAUUGCUGAUGUUGAAGCCAAGAUUUCGGGUUCUAACGUUGUGUUGAGGGUAAUAUCAAAGAGAACUCAUGGACAACUACUUAAGAUAAUAAGUACUCUAGAGAAGCUUUCGUUUAAGAUCCUUCACUUGAAUAUUAGUAGCAUGGAUGACACUGUUCUCUAUUAUUUCGUCGUCAAGAUAGGGCUAGAAUGUCAACUAAGCAUGGAGGAACUAGCAGCUGAAGUUCAGCGAUGCUUUUGCACCAAUGACACCAUCAAUAAGAUUACUGAGAUUUAGGGCAUAAUUAAGAAAAUUAGAGGAUGUUGUGACUUGUGGCUUGGUUUUCAAUGCCAUUUCUUCACAUAUAGAACUAUGAUACAAAGUAUAAUUUUUAUAUAUUUAUUUUGAUGGAUGUGUGAGUUUUUUUUUUUUUUUUUCACGAUACUCGAGAGAGCUACCGUUGCAGAUGUACUCAAUCAACCUUCAAGAAUAACAAUCCUUUCUUUCUAAUUGAAAGGGUCGGAAAUAGUCAAAUCUAUUGCUUAUGUAAUACUUGUAUGAGAAGUAAUGAAGUCGUCUUCAAUCGAAAAUCCUUGUUUAGACGACAUAUGUAACAAGAUCCAACAAUAUAUGUAUCUUUGUUUAUGUAAUUGUGUACCUAGUAAAGAUCAAAUGUCAAUAUGGAACGAAGUACAUGUUAAAAACACGGAUACAAAGUGGUUUUGUACCCCC